AACCCCACCUUUGAAGUCUACGCUCAGUUCAACACAACCACCAUUGAGACUCUUUCUCUCUCUCUCUCUCUCUCUCUCCUGAAAAUAUGCAUUCUGUGUCAUGGAUGAAUAUGGCAGCAAUUGCUGCUACCUUCCUUCAACUAUGCUUAUUAGUGGUAAUGGCACAGAAUACCUCUUCGGAGGCUGAUAGAAUCAACAAGUUGCCUGGUCAACCAGAUGUUAAUUUUCAGCAGUUCUCUGGAUACAUCACAGUCGAUGAAAGCCAACAGAGAGCUCUUUUCUACUACUUUGUUGAAGCAGAGACAGACCCAGCUUCAAAGCCUCUUGUUCUCUGGUUAAAUGGAGGGCCUGGUUGUUCUUCCGUUGGAGUUGGAGCCUUUUCUGAGCAUGGGCCUUUCAAACCAAGCGGAGACAUUUUGGUCAGAAAUGAUUAUAGCUGGAACAGAGAAGCAAACAUGUUAUACUUAGAGACACCAGCAGGAGUUGGGUUCUCUUAUUCCACUAAUUCCUCCUACUAUUCAAACGUUAAUGAUGAAAUGACUGCCAUGGACAAUCUCAUAUUCCUUCAGCGGUGGUUCAUUAAGUUCCCGCAGUACAGGGAUAGGGAUCUGUUCAUCACAGGUGAAAGCUAUGCAGGUCAUUAUGUUCCACAGCUGGCACUACUCAUGAUUCAGUUCAACGAAAAAGAGAAACUGUUCAAUCUCAAAGGAAUAGCUCUUGGAAAUCCUCUUCUAGAGUUCGCAACUGACUUCAAUGCAAGGGCAGAGUUUAUGUGGUCACAUGGGUUGAUAUCUGAUCCAACAUAUGGAAUCUUCACUUCAUCUUGUAACUAUUCUCAGUACAAGAGUGAAUCCUAUAGAGGUUCUGUUUCUCCUAUCUGUUUGGGAGUGAUCAGCCAGGUUGAAAAAGAAAUUAGUAAAUAUGUUGAUCAAUAUGAUGUAACACUCGAUAUAUGUUUAUCAUCCAUUGUUCAACAGACGAAGUCUCUCACUCGACCACAAAUUGUAGAGAACAUAGAUGUAUGUGUGGGUGAUGAAACAUUUGCCUAUUUAAACCGGGCUGAUGUACAGAAGGCUUUACAUGCCCGUCUUCUGGGUGUCAAGGGUUGGGAAGUUUGCAGUGAAGUCCUUAACUAUGACAUGCUUAACUUGGAGGUGCCUACAAUUCAUGUAGUAGGUUCAGUCAUCAGGUCUGGUGUUAGAGUCUUAGUUUACAGUGGAGAUCAAGAUUCUGUUAUUCCAUUAACUGGGUCACGGAUGCUGGUCCAUAGAUUGGCAAAUGAGUUGGGGUUGAACACAACUAUUGCCUACAGAGUUUGGUUUCAGGAUAAACAGGUAGGGGGAUGGACACAAGUGUACAGUGAUAUCCUCUCCUUUGCUACCAUCAGAGGAGCUUCACAUGAAGCUCCUUUCUCACAGCCAGAGAGGUCACUCCUGUUGUUCAAGGCAUUUCUAGAAGACAAGCCACUACCAGAAGCAUUCUGAUAAUUUGAUUAAACAAGCAUAAGAAGAAAUUGACUGAAUAAAAUAUUUUACCCUAAUUUGAUAAACAGAGCAGAAACCGGUAUUACUUUUGUAUGCUGUGAAAUUCAUCAUCAUGAAACUAAAAACUAGAUGAUAAUAGAAAAUAUUAUACUUGA